UUAGGCAGCUACCCAGCCCCACACUGAGGGCUCCUGGCUUUGGAACCACCUCUAGCUCAGUCUCCACCAUGAGCCUCAGACCCGGUGCCGCCACCUCCUCUCACAGAGCCAGGCCACUAUGUGCCCUGCAGGUGCUGCUGCUGCUGUCACUGCUCCUGGCCUCUCUGGUUCCCUCCACCAUCGGAGGAGGAGGUGAACACACAGAUCUUGACCUGUACGUUGAACUGCGCUGCACGUGUGUGAAGGUGGUCUCUGAAGUUCAUCCCAGGAACAUCCAGAAGUUGGAGAUGAUCAAGCCAGGAGCCCACUGCAACAAACUAGAAGUGAUAGCCAUCCUGAAGGAUGGAAGGGAAGUCUGCCUGAACCCAGAUGCUCCAAUGGUUAAGAAAAUAGUCGAGAAAAUGUUGAAAGAUGACAGAUCAGCUGCUUAAUCUAUCAUUCACUCUGUGCCAAAUCUUUUUACCUCCUAGGAAGGGUAGGAGUUAAAGCCUUGGCUUUCUGGAAUUCUUACUUAUCCACAAUACCUUUUUUUACUAUAUUAAAAUUAGGAUGUGUCUUUCAUUCCAUGUAAAAAUCACAUUUUAUUGUGAGAAAGCUGCUUAAAAGAUGACAGAAAGAAGACGAAAAUAAGUAAAACUAAUUAAAAGUAAAACUUUUACUAACUAAGUAAAAGUUAAUUUCAGUAACAAAUAUAUGGUUUACUCUUUAAUUAUUGGAUAAAUCUGCUGUAGGACUUUGCAUUUCUUUGUUUGACAAUUUCUUUCCGAACACACUGGUGUUUCACUGCUCUUCUUUACUGUAGGCUAGACAAGCCCAGGGCGGUUAAUGGAUUUGGUCAUGGUCAGGAACACAAGGAAUCAUACAGAACCCAGCCCAGGGCUACUCAAUAGAGUUUUGUAAACAAAUUUAGGGACUUCAUAGAGUUCUUAAGUGUCUUAGUCCUGGGAUGUCUUAUUUCAAAGCAUACCCUGAAAGGGUUUUCUAGUGUUAAUUUUAGCUUUGAGAUUCUAACAAUAAUAAAGUUAUAGCAUGUAA